AUGUCUUCAACUCAAGACCCACUUCAUAAGUUCAAACUACAAUUUCAAAGCUUUGUGAAAAACAAUCCUAAUGUUGCAACUGCGGCACAUGGCGCUUCCAAAAUACCAGAGUCCGCCAAGGCAGUUGUGGUUUUGUCACCUUUGUCAUUAGAACACCAAUUUCCAAGACACUGGGUGUCGAAGUCCUACAGAAAGACGAUCGUGGAGCGUCCGGAAAGACUGCUUGCGUGCUCCAUGGGUAUUGGAGCGGCCAUCACAAUGUACCCGGCAUUGUUCACCUUGAAAUCAUCACACACCAAGCAAACCUCACUCCUCACAGAUUACGUCUUACGAGUACACGGGAGGGAUUGGCCAGAGGAACUGUUGAAGCUCUGCCAAAACUCGCAAAAAGCGUUAGACGACUGUCAGGUCGAGGUCCCAGAAUCAUGGAACGUCGGCGACAUAUACUUGUCGCGGCAAACAAUAGAUGCUGUUCAAGGAUCUAUCGGCGCCCUUGAGGUCGGCGUUGACUCUAUCUUCAGAGGCUCUUCCGCAGAGGAAACCAGUAAUCGCGCGUUUGUUGCCUUAAGACCACCGGGACAUCAUUCUCACGCUUCAACUCCCUCUGGGUUCUGUCUUUUAAAUAACGCCCACAUUGCCAUUGAAUAUGCCGCAGAGACUUACGACGUAACUCAUGCAGUAGUGCUAGACUUUGAUCUGCACCACGGUGAUGGUACUCAGGAUAUCUGUUGGAAACGUGCCGGAUUUAAGCCUGACGAACAAGUCGACACCGCUGGCGAAUACAACGAAUUCGGCAAGAAGUUCGCAGAGUACCCGAAAGUGGGUUAUUUUUCGCUGCACGAUAUCAACUCUUUCCCCUCUGAGCUGGGCUAUGCAACCAAGGAAACCAUCCGAAAUGCUUCUACUUGUAUAAUGGAUGCACACGAUGUGAACAUCUGGAAUGUUCAUUUACAAAGCUACGAAUCCGAAGAAGCCUUCACCAAGCUCUACCAAACUAAAUACAGAACAAUAUUUGCCAAAGCUGACGAGUAUUUCCGAACGGCCAAACAAAAUAUGAAGACCUUGGGAAAGCCUUUUAAGGCGCUGGUGGUUAUAAGUGCUGGCUUCGAUGCAUCCGAAUAUGAACAGGCUUCUAUGCAAAGACAUGGGGUAAAUGUACCAACUUUUUUUUACAAUAUGUUCACCAAAGAUGCAUUAAAGCUGGCUCAGAUGCACUCUCAUGGUAAAGUUCUAUCGGUCAUGGAGGGCGGUUAUUCUGACGGAGCUAUCGCGUCGGGCGUUUUCUCGCAUCUCAUUGGGCUCCAAAACCAGAACUGGAUAAACGAAUGGGGGUCUGCGCAAGUCGUCAAGGAGAUAGUGCGUGGCUGCAAGCCCAACUGGAAGCCCUACAAGACGAAACGCGCCCGGGACGUGAUACGAAUCUGGGCGGAGGAAGUGAUCAAGUUGGGACGUGCAAUGAUCCCGGAAUUCGAGCGAAUUUUGUUUCAGGCGGAGCCGGAAGAGAGUCAAAUGGAUGCGGCAAAGAGAGUAACCCGCUCUCAGCGGAGCACUACCCCGGCAGCAGAGAAAGCUGCACUGGCACAGACUAUAACUCCAAGAGCGACGCCUUCGCCCCCGGCCUCUAUGCCUCGCAGUGAGACCCCAACGCCCAGUGAGAGGAAAAACACCAACCGGAAGGUGGAGGAGCAUGAAGUGCCGUUUGUACAGCAGGAGCUGGGCCACGGCGAAGAUGAAGACGACGAAGACUACGUUUAUGACGAGGAGCUGAACAAGACGUUCAACCGCACGGUUGAGGAUAUUACAAUUGAUGACAUCUCCCGCCAUCUGGAGACCCUGGACAUAGAGCCGUCUCCACCCACCUCCCAUGACGGUCCCCGUGAGUCUUCUGACCGCCCCACCAGCAGGCCGACUACACGAAGCUCGGGAGCGCCUGCUCCGGCCGUUGACGCACGCCGCCCACUUUCGGUGUCGGGGCCCCAGAGCUACAAGAUCCCCUCCGGAUCCACCACCCGCCAUCUUCGCAACAGCCGUACCUCUCGACUGAUGAAUUUCGACGAUAGUGAUAUUUCAAUGAUUUCCCAUAUUUCCACGGCCAAGGGCCACCACACGACACGCAGCGGCCAAACCAAGUGGUGA